CACAUCCGGCGCAGCUCUCCGACCAGCACCUUCGCACUUGUAUUUCUGUAUUUUCCUCGUGUGUUCCUCUCCUGCUCUGACCGAGUAUUUGUUGCCAAAAUGUGGCUAUCUCGCGGUCUGUGUGUUCUUGGCGGGCUUCACGAAUCAACGGCAGGAGGGAAGGCGAGGCAGCUGGGGUAACUAAAAGGGUGCUAUGGUGGGACCUCCUGGGAGGCAAAAAGUUCGGCUUCUCCGACAUAUCAGCUUUUUCCACAGAGCCAUGGAUCUUACCAGGACCUGAAUUCAGGCAGGUGAGCCUGGUGGGCCGGGGCCAUCUUCUCCUGACCAGCCACCAUCAUCAUCUCAUUGAGCUCCAUACACACAUACACACGCAUCACAAAAACCUGUGUUUGAAGUCAACCACCUCCACAGCAAGAUAACAGUGCAGUUGUUGCAAACAUGACAGAUAAAGUGAGUUUUAGCACACCCAAAGUCCCCCGACCCACUGCAGCUCCUUUCCUCCCCCCUGAGCCAGUGGACAUCAUCCGCACUAAAGCCCGUUCCCGGCGGGUAAGGCUCAAUGUCGGUGGUCUUACACAUGAAGUGUUGUGGAGAACACUCGACCGGCUGCCCCGAACCCGCCUGGGACGGCUAAGAGACUGUAACACCCACGAGUCACUGCUGGAGAUCUGUGAUGACUACACCCUCACUGAGAAUGAAUACUUCUUUGACCGGCACCCAGUGGCCUUCUCCUCCAUCCUCAACUUCUAUAGAACAGGAAAACUUCACAUGAUGGAGGAGAUGUGCGCUCUGUCCUUUGGCCAGGAGCUGGACUACUGGGGCAUUGAUGAGAUCUAUUUGGAGUCCUGCUGCCAGGCACGGUACCACCAGAAGAAGGAGCAGAUGAAUGAGGAACUGAGGAGAGAGGCAGAGACCCUGAGGGACAAGGAGGGAGAGGAGGAGGACCAGGGAUGUUGUCCUGACAAGAGACAGAAGCUGUGGGAUCUCCUGGAAAAACCCAGCUCCUCUGUCGCUGCAAAGAUCCUGGCCAUGAUCUCCAUCCUGUUCAUCAUCAUUUCCACCAUUUCGCUGUCCCUCAACACUCUGCCAGAGUUGCAGGUUGUAGAUGAAUUUGGCCAGUUCAAUGACAACCCCAGUUUAGCCCAUGUGGAAGCUAUCUGCAUUGCCUGGUUCACCAUGGAGUAUAUGUUGCGCCUACUCUCAGCACCCAACAAGUGGGAUUUCAUGAAAGCACCACUUAACAUUAUUGACCUGCUGGCUAUACUGCCUUACUAUGUGACCCUGUGUCUAACUGAGUCUAACAAGAGCGUAUUGCAGUUCCAAAACGUGCGGCGUGUGGUUCAGAUUUUCCGUAUUAUGAGGAUCCUGAGGAUCCUGAAACUGGCCAGGCAUUCGACAGGGCUCCAGUCUUUGGGCUUCACUUUGCGAAGGAGCUAUAAUGAGUUGGGACUGCUGAUCCUCUUUUUAGCCAUGGGCAUCAUGAUUUUCUCUAGUUUGGUGUUCUUUGCUGAGAAAGAUGAGGAUGCUACAAAAUUCACCAGUAUCCCUGCUUCAUUUUGGUGGGCAACCAUUACAAUGACAACUGUUGGCUAUGGUGACAUUUACCCACAAACCCUGCUUGGCAAGAUUGUAGGAGGGCUUUGCUGCAUAGCAGGUGUGCUUGUCAUCGCUCUUCCCAUCCCAAUCAUUGUCAACAACUUCUCUGAGUUCUACAGAGAGCAGAAGAGGCAAGAGAAGGCCAUCAAGAGGAGGGAAGCUCUUGAAAGAGCCAAGCGGAGUGGAAGCAUUGUCUCUAUUAACCUAAAGGAUGCUUUUGCCCGCAGUAUGGAAUUAACAGAUGUAUUGGUAGAAAAAAAAGACGACGGUAAAUGUCCUGUUGAUAAUCACCUGUCGCCCAGUCGCUGGAGCUACCACAAGCACUACUCCAAUGCAGAGGUGAGUAGCCCAGGUAGGUCCCAACAAUACCAAGAAGUAGCUCAGCAGGGCUCCCCUGAACGAGUCAAGCCCACGUCUAACAAAACUACUCCUCAACACCUUAGUGCAAAGAGGCUAGAAGAUGCUUACAACAAGACAGCAGCCAUUCAGGAGCAGCAGGAGAAAAACCGAGAAGAACAGAUUGAGAUGAAAGAUUUGGCCUCCACUCAGGCCCAGCAAACAUCACCUAAAGUCAGUCUUGCUACAAAAUCCUCAACUACAACGGAUACAGAACAAAGUUCUUUGUGCCUCAGUGUUGAACGAGGUCAAGCUGGUGCUAGACAUCAGUAUAUUCCACCUCCCUUGGAUCUAAGUCAAAUCAGUAAUAUGGAAGCAAGGCGGGGCCCUGACAGCAUCCAGCCAAUGACCAUCAUCAAAGAGGGUUUGUAUGAAUUUAUGUCUAACCCUGAAGAGAAGGUGACUGGAGAUUUGGGUUUGUUAUCACAGAGUGUGGAAAGCUCUGGGAUGACCUAUGAUAGCACCUGUACAGCCUUGGAAGAUUAUAGCAGCCCUCAAAACACAAGAGCCCUGAAGCUUGACUUCGUUGGAUCCAAAGAUGAUGUCCUUAUGGCAGUGAUGACACCUGUGGCAACACCAGCCUCCACUGGCUCAGCAAAGUGUACUCAACUACUUUCUGAUGACAUAGUUUCCGGGUUUUCUCCAUCUCCUAGUUCUGCAACACAGGAAACUAAGUCUCCGUUGAUUAUCCUGCAGUCUCCAUCCCUGGCUCAGCAAUAUAUCAGUCCCAGCAACCCCCAUGGGGGAGGUGAGAGCGCAGCAGGCAGGAGCUUAGAAGGUGAAGGUCAGCUCACCGGCUUAAGCCACCAGGGGAGGAAUCACAUGGAGAGGUCUGCUGCUGGCGCAGGCAGUGGUGCUAGCCCUCUGUCGAAAGCAAGCUCCCUUAACUGCACCCAGGACCUAGUAACAAUGGAAGGAGUCGAUGAUGGAGGAGGAGAAGAAGCAGGACAGAGGGUAGAAAAGCGAGAAAAUCACAUUGUUCUGGAUGGAAGCCAAACGCCACCCUGUGAAACAAACAUGUGAGAUUAGGUAAAGGUUGAUGGGAUGCAUGACAGCACCUACCUGCAAUGAGCCAUAACAUGGUGUGAGCUUUGUCAGAACUAUCAUAAAAGCUGCAGUUCUUGAGGAGAAUAACACAUCAGAUCCACCAACACUUCUGAACUAUCAUCUCUCUUUUUGACUUUGGUGCUGCAGUCACGAAUUUAUUACUGGAGCAAAUUCAGAAGCACAUGCCUGCUUGACUGGGCACUAACUGAACUUGAAUUUAAGUUGACACUGUCAUGUUGGUGAUUGCAUUAAGAUGGGAAACAGUGGCAACCUGACCUGUGUUUUAAGCCUUGUCUGAAUGACAAUAUUUGUCUAUCCUGAAGAGUGUCUGUGUAGAGCUCAGCGAGUAACACUUACAGUUUCUGAAUGCUUCCUCCCUAGGCCUGUUGAGUUUACUUAACAGUUAUACUAAGGAAAGACAGAGGAUGGAAGGAAAUUAUAUUUUUUAUAUUUGCAGAUUUUGAAAAUAUAUCUUUUGCAAGACUUAGAAAAAAAACAAUGAUCAGUCAUUUUUCUGUAUUAUGGUUCUUGCUUUACUCAUUAUUCUCCACAUAUUACAUUCUUGUAAUGUGACAAACAGAAGCACAUGAUACAGGACUGACAUUUAGUAUUGCAUAGUCUAAAAGAACAUAUGCAUCUGCUACUGAGCACUGAGAUCUAUGGCAGUCCCCUAACAGCAUAUAUUUCUGUAUAUUUCAGUUUUGAGUUGUUUUUUUUCUUGGUUGCUUUUCGUUGUAUUUUUCUUAUUUGUUUUUCUUGUUCUUAAAUACCUGAAAUGACACCAGGGUGUUGAUGGAGAAAAGGGAAUAGAGACAUAAUCACUAUUGUAUUCAUUGAUAGAGCACUGUUUGCACUCAUCUCUAGCAUGAAAUAUCCUGACGAUGAAACAAAUUAGUUAAUAACACUACAAACCCACGAUGAGACACGUGAUUUGAGACAUGAAGACAAAGACUAUGGUUCAUCAGUCACUGUUUAAUUCCCAGUUCAGGGGCUCCUCCUGCAGCCUCAUCCUGUCUGUGUCACAAAGGGCUGAUGAGGGUUCCACUUUCAAAGGACCCUCCCGAUCUGUUUCACCAAUUAGACUUCCUUUUUGGCUCAACAAAAUGACCAGGCACAUGUUACACAGUGUGUUCAGGCAGCCCUCGUUAUUUCAGGAAUAUCAGGUGUGGAUGUAGUAAUAGAGUUGAUGAAACGCAACAGGCGCACCAUCUUUCUGUCUCUGUGAGACUACUGUCUUAUCAUUUCAGUUUAUUAUAACAGAGGCCCUGUUUGUUGGUUUAAACCACUGUACUCACUGAGCUCAGAAAGAGAUCUUAUAAACAGAGUAACAGCUCAGCCAUCAGCAGUCAGAUAAUCAGACAGCUGGAGCCAAAACAAGCAGCUGGAUAAACGUACAUGCAAACCUAUUUUGAAGACAAAAUAACAGCAAACUGAAAACUGUUCACCAAACAGCCAUCAGCUUCAUUCCUCUGCUUCACCUACAAACUUACUGUGUUUCAAAGUGUGUGUCUGUGUCUGCCACACAGCAACAUGCUGCUGUUGUUUGUGCUUUAUUGCUGUUGAAAAGGGUUCACUCAAUAAACAAGGAGCAGCAAGGCCGAGUAGAAAUGGCUGAAAUGCUAGAAUGACAGUAAGAAAUCAGAAAAUUAUGAGUUAUUGGUUUACUGUGACAUGACUGAAGCUUGAAGCACAAAUGUUGAUAGUUGGUGUAUCAGCCCAUCAACAUUUGUGCUUCAAGCUUCAGGCCCUGAGCACAUCUAAAAAGUACUACUCCUGAGCAAGGACUGGCAUGGGCUUUCACCACCAUACCAUUUCUAGUUCCACCAUAUCUAAUAGAUAUGAUGCAACAAAGUAUGUUCCAAUACAUGGCAUAACAAAUGCAAUAUGUCAAUAAUAUUGGGCUAUCCUAUUGUAUUAGGUCAUUUUGCGGCAUGCAAACCUGCAGAAAAUAAUGUAACUCCUGAAAAUAUGCCACACAUAUCACAAGAGCACGGGCAGGUCAAAUUAUGUUCCUUCCAACUGAUAUAUUAUCAAAAGGGGCCAGGUGCAAUAUUAUGGUGCUGUCAUAUUUCCCAAAUAAAUACAUACAGCAUGCAACAGCACAUGCUUUGUAAAGUGGCUGCAUGACAUACUGACAGUAAAAUGUGUGAUUUGGAAAGCAGGGCUGACUCUGGAGGUCAGUUUUUAGACCCAGUGCCUGUACACUCGCUGAGAUGCUUCAAAGCUUCUGAGACCCUGGUCCAAAUUCAUAGAGUAAAAAUGCAGCUUAUAAAGCCUACGCUGAUGCACAGGUCUUGAAGAGAGACAAGUGAGACAGGCGGGCCUUAAACCCCUCUUCUGAGCAGGAGAAUCUAUGUUCAUGGUUCACUGUAGUCCUCUUCAUUGUUGGACUGAGAACAGUGGACAGGAACAAUUGUCAGUAAGCUUUCUUUGUUGGGAAUACCUCCAUACGAAGUGGUUUGGAUGGUCUCAAUUCCUUUUCUCUGUGUUGUCUGAUCAUUUGACUCUGUCUGUUUGACACAUUGGACUUUGGUGUAUCCAUGUCACCAUGAUACCAGAUCUCAGCAGUUUACUUGAUUGACAUCAUAUUCUGACUCAUACACAAGCUGCCAUAAUAAGACCAUGUGGUAAGAAGCAAAAGAAGUCUCCUUUGUGAGAGAAGGUGCAGGUUCACCCAUCAGGACUCAUUGCAAAGCUUUCCACUUUGAAAUAAACUGAAGGAGGAGGCCCUUGAAUUUAUGAGCAUCCACACAUGAAUUUAAACCAAGUUUAUUCAUAUAUGAUGGCUGCAGAGGGAGUGUGUCUGUGUGACCUUUUUCCAUGGGUGCUGACUGUAUAAAGAUAGACUAACAGUGCCCUCUACAGGGAGUCUUAAGGCACUUAAGGGAAAAGACCUGAUGCCACGUUAAUACUUGUCAUUAUCUUAGGAAAUCUUCAACUUUUUUUUUUUUUAAGCUCAGAUUUGCAUUCAUUUGAAUGCUUGCUGACAGAUUCAAAUGCACAUUUAACUGUGUAAACAGAGAGCAGAGUGAUUAGAGUGGUCACAAGCUAAAAGGGGAAUUAUACUGUACCCGUGUUCCUAAUGUACAUUCUUUCAAUUAGUUUUUGUUUUCAGUUAAAACUUUGAGCUGUGUGUUGUUUUUAAGACCAAUUUCUUAACAUCUCAGUAUAUGAAGUUUAAAAAAUGGUGCCUUUUCAUAAAUAGACAAUUUAUGAGAAGGUGAAAAAAAAACCCUGUAUAAUAUGGCUCAAUUUUUCUUUGUUUGUUCUUCUGUUCUCUCUUUGUCCUUGUGUAGUUGAUAUAUUUAAGUGCAAAUCCUCACAUUUUCAGGAUUUUAAUACCAUUGCAACAUUGUAUUAUUAAUGCAUCGACUUCAUUAGUUUCCACACCCCGUAGCUCAUUGCUCAUAGUGCCACACUGUCGUUGGUGCAGCAGCAGAUUACUGUACAAGUGAACCGACAGCCAAAUGGGCAGACUUGGAGCAAUGGUAGAUUGUCACAUUCACGACAUAUGACAAUCAGAAAUAUGACUGUUAUAGCUCUUACACAUGUAAGUGAGUGGAUGUAUUAAUUGCUGACUGUAUGAAUGCUAUUUCUAGCAUUCAUAUAGUCAGCAUUUCCCAGGCCAUAUGGAGUCAACUAGAACUGUUUUUUAUAAUAAAUUGAACAACACUAACUAUAUCUUAAUCCUACCAAAAUAUUGGCAGCCAUAAAGAUAAAUCAAACCAACCUAAAACAAAUGAUCAAAAAGAAAGAAAUGGUUUUGUCUUACUCAUUAUUAUAGUUUUUAUUAUACUCAGAGAUUAGGCGAGAAGUUAAAAAGUGCUACAGUUACGACAAACAGAGCAGUCAGUCAGUCUGUGCUGCUGAAGUUUGUGGGUUUCAGAAGCUUGUCAGUGCUGCAGGUCAGGAACAUAGGAACAGUGCUUUCGCUUUCUUCACUCGUUUGUCAGAAAACUGUUGUUUGUAUUUGUUGUUGUAUUUAUCUAGGCUUUGUACAGUGAGAUAAAUAUACUAUAAGAUACAAACCAGGCCCUAAAGCCUGCUUCAUCUGUCCUGCCAGCUUGACUUCUUAUUUCUUUACUGCCCCACUCUUCCAUCCUCAUAUACUUUAUUGAACAGUAGCCUGUAUGAUUAGUGAGAUUUAUUAUAUAUAUAGGUCAGUGUAAUUAUAGCAAAUGAUGACUGAUUCAGUUAUCAAAAUGGAAGACAAAUAAAUGUGUUCAUGUGA